AUGACGGAAGCACAGGAUAUUAAUUUUAGCGGAUAUAAUGGAUCGAGCUCUGAAGAUGUUGGUAGCUCCGUUGGUGAUAUCAAGGAGACAAAUAUCUUGCAAGAACGCAGAAUUGGAGUUUGGGGUUCUAUAUCACUUAUUGUGAAUAAAAUCAUCGGAUCUGGAAUUUUUUCUACCCCUACAACGAUCUUUGAACUGGCUGGCAGUCCUGGACUAUGUCUUGUCUUAUGGAGUAUUGCUGGUGUCAUAUCAUACUGCGGAGCUCUGGUGAUGUUAGAGUUUGGUACCAGCAUGCCGAUCUCAGGUGGUAUGAAGGUCUAUAUGGAACGAUCAUUCUCACCUAAGUUAUUGAUGACUUGCAUAUAUCUAUUUUACUGUGUUUUCCUACAAAAUUCGGCAAGUAACGCAAUCACGGCUUCGGAAUACCUGCUCGAUGCUGCUGGAGUUGACUCAACAACAUGGAAAGAACGAGGCCUGGCGAUUUCUGCAGUCUCGUUCGCCGUUAUCACUCAUGCUGUUGCACCCCGUGUUGGAAGAGCGCUACAGGAUAUCUUGAGCGCAGUGAAACUAUUCAUCUUGUUUUUCAUCGUUUGCACUGGGUUUGCAGCGCUUGGAGGACAUCUUCGUGUUCCCAAGCCAGAUAAUCUUUCUGCUUCUUCAUCUUUCAAGGGUACAUCUAGUAGCGGCUACAAUAUCGGUACAGCGCUAUUGGAUUGCAUCUUUUCUUACCAGGGUUAUGAUAACCUGAAUGCGGUAUGUCGUCAAACGCUACUAUCUGAGACUAGAGCUUCGCUAACAAUCAUCAAGGUACUUUCUGAAGUCAAAAAUCCUGAAAGAACACUUCGAAUUGCGUUGCCAUCUGCCAUGGGCUUGGUGACUGUGUUAUACAUUCUGGCAAACAUAGCUUACUUCGCCGGUGUAUCUCGAGAGGAUUUCUUGGGCUCAAAUAUCACGAUUGCGGCCACUCUAUUCCGAAAUGUCUAUGGCGAGUCUGCAGCAGUAAAGGCUCUUCCAGUACUAGUGGCACUUUCAGCUAUUGGUCACCUUCUUAGUGUGGCAUUCGCAGAUGGAACAACUCCAUUCCCAAAUCUCCUCAUGCAAAACAGACCAUUCAAGACCCCUAUUCUCGCUCUUGCUGUUCACCUCAGUGUCACAAUUAUCUUCAUCUGCGCUCCGCCUGCCGGCGAUGCGUUCAAUUUUGUCGUCGACCUUGGCACAUAUCCAACUGUAUUCCUCUUAUCCGUUAUAACAGUUGGUUUGAUUAAGCUGCGCUUGUCAAAGACGGAAGAUUUCUACUCCUCAUUCAAAGUACCAUGGGCCGCUCUCGUCUUCUAUCUCGCUGCAAACAUUUUCUUGCUUGUUAUGCCCCUGGUACCACCCACAGGUGGCAGUGAUAGUAGCCUACCAUACUAUCUUUCACCCGUUGUGGCACUGGCUAUUCUAGCGCUGGGUGUUAUCUACUACUAUGGUCGAUGGGUGAUCUUACCGCGUAUCUUCCGCUACAGACUCGAACUUGUGACAGUCGGGCUCAGUGAUGGAUCGCAGGUCUCGAGGUAUAAAAUGAGAAAAUUGGAAUAG